AUUCAAAACACUUGGCUCGCAUUCUUGGCCAGGAGUUCCAUGGCCCAGAACCCUAACGAAACAGAGAACCCGAACGAAACGGUGAACCCGAACGAAACGGAGAAAGUCGUAAGCCAAAGCGUUUACGAAGAUCAUGAGGUUGUAAUUGUGGAACAAUCGAUGUUCAGAUCCCAGGAGUUUAUGAAUGAUAAAGGGGCUUUGAUGAGUACUGAGAGAGAAGAUGAAUCUUCAGUGGACAACUUUCGUCCCGUAAUUGCUAUAGUUGAUACAGGCGUAAACCCAAAUCAUGAGUGUUUCAAAGAUAACCACAUUCCUCCCAUCCACGAUGAUAGAUGGAGUGGAGGAACAAUUAGUGUUCCUUAUAAGAGGAAAAUUCUGGCAUUGAGAAAUUACUAUGCUGACAAACCAAGAACGAGUGCAGUUGAGGAUGCUUGCCUACAUGAUGUUAAUUUUCCUGAAGAUCUGAAGGGGCAUGGGACUGCUUGUGCUUCAAUUGCAGCAGCGGCAUCCACGGGCGUCGAGUUACUGGAAAGAGUUUUUGCUCCAAGAACCUUGAUUAAAGGAUUGAGGACUUUCUUUGAUGAUCCACUUAACUAUGGUUCAUAUCUGGCAUUCAAGAAUAACAUCCUGGUCUGUAAAUCAGCUGGAAAUGAUGGUCCAUGGAUGCUUAGUUUAACAGGUGGUUUAGCCCCGUGGACCAUGGUGGUGGGUGCUUGUGGUUCGGGAGGUCAUUUUAUCACUAAUGUUGAACUGGGAAGUUCAGUGACAUUGGAGGGGUUUAAUGCAUUUCUUGACAAAGACUGGGAUUAUUCUGAGCUUGUUCAUCAGACCGAGUGUUAUAAGGAAAAGCUCAAAAUUGAACCAAAAGAAAAGGGGAAGAAGUCCCGAGAAGAAGCACCGGAACCCAAACAAGAAAUAAAUUAUGAAACCGUGAAGGGCAAAAUACUUGUCUGGGAACAUGGAAAAUGUCCAAGAAAGAAAAUCUUGGAUGCUCAAGCACGGGGGAUCUUACGGGUUGGUGUUUUAAAAAAUGAAUUCAGUUCUCAUAACCUGCAAGAGUCUAUAGUUUACGUGACUAUGGAAGACGGAAAAAAGAUUUAUGAUUACAUUGCACAGUCGAGGGCAUCAAAGAAGAAGCCUACAGCAAGGUUGUUGAGGAGUAUUUACAAAGAAAAAGAGGAUACAAAUAUACUCUGUCUUAAGUCUUCCAGAGGUCCCAACAUGUUAGAUGAAUACAUUUGUAAGCCCGACAUUUGUGCUCCCGUAGAAAAUAUUUUUUGUGCAACCAGAUGGAAUGAAGUGAAUAUGAAUGGUGGCUACCGGAUGUUAAGUGGCACCUCGAUGUCUAAUGCAAUGGUAGCAGGGAUGAUUUCACGAAUCAAGUCCAUCAAAAAGGAUUGGGGACCUGGGAGAAUCAGAUCUGCGAUAAUUACCACAGCCACGCCUAUGAACAAAUCUUUCCUCUCAAUGGGAUGUGGUUCGGGGCGUAUAAAUCCCACAAGAGCACUGGAUCCUGGGUUAGUAUAUGAUGUGUCGUGGGAUGAAUUUCGGAGAUACUUACUUGGCCGUCCAGCCGACAUGAGAUUUCUUGCUGAAAUCGGGGAAAACACCAAUGGUGAAGUGAUACCAAGUAAUGCAUUGAACCUGCCAAGCUUUAGCUUGGCGGGAAAGGAAAGAACAUCUGAAAUAUUCAGAAGAACAUUGACAAAUGUAGGCCCCAAACCAAUUUGUAGUUAUAGAGCACAACUCCAUUUGAAGAUAGAAGGAAAUGACUCUAGUUGCCUCCAGAUGAAUGUCAAACCCAAGAAACUCAAUUUUAAGAGCAUCGGAGAUAAAAAAAAAUUUGAGUUGUUUAUAAGUAGCGAGGAUGGACUACCGCCAGGCGUGGUAGCAUACGGAAGGCUGAUAUGGAUUGAAGAAGAAAGUGACGAUCCGCACCACGUAUUGAGUCCAAUCAUUAUGUGGCAUCCAGGAGCGUUGUGCAGUGAUGAAGAAGACAGCAGUAGUUCCUCACAGUCGCCGAUGAUACAACCUUCCAAAGAUGAGAUGGGUCCAAGACCAAAAAGAAUAGCUCCUGAUGUGCAAGACCCAACAAUGGAUGGACCUAUUCAAACAGAACUAGAGCUCAAGUGGAUUGAUGAAAAAGAGGAUGAUGCAGCCAGAGGAGAUUUCCUCAAACUUUGGCAGUCUAUUACAGGCUUGGGAAAUAUCAGUAGGUUUGAGAGGAGCGAUGCUUUCCACUGGCAAACAACUCUUCACUGCCAGUCUGCCCUGUGCAUUGAGACAUGCACCAACGACAGCAAAGAAUAUAUCAAUUUUCCAAUUCUGAUCAAGCUAUGGACCUAGCUUUAUGUGCAGUUAUACGGUGGACUCCUCUCUCAUCAAUCCCCCAUCUAUUGGAACUUAAACUAAAGCACCACCAGCCCGGGUCAAUCACGGCAUAGUACGUGCAGUACACUUGAGGCCGCUAUCAAUUUGGGAAUUCGGGGGGUAUAUGGUGAAAGCAGUGACACACCAACCACAUUAGCUUAUUUGACUCAUUACUAUAAUUGUGCUCAAGGACUUUGUUUAAAAUGUUACUUUUAAAACUGCACCACCCACGAUAUCAUCCAUCACUGACACAUUUUAAUAAAUCUUCUUGCAACGUGUGGUUGUGUUGAGCACUUGCACAUUUAAUGAAUCUUCUUGCCUUGU